GCAGGAGGCACUUGUUGACACCAGUGCGGCGAGAUAUCCAUGCACGGACCACGUGACAACAUCCGAAUAUAGGCAGAACAAAGCGGUAUGCUCACCGCCCUUGUUGUAAACACAGCCCCACGCAUUUCUACUCUGUACAUAGAAUGCCACUUCAAACCCUCCCGGUUGAGACCAUUUACGAGAUCCUUCGCCUCGUAGGAAUUUAUGAACUCAGAAGACAAAAGAAAGUCUGCAAAUGGUGGUAUACGCUUGCAGAUCCCAUUCUACUGGAGACUGUUAUCCUCACUGCCACUCGGCUUACACCAAUGACUGAGCAGAGGCAUGCAAAACUCAAGGUCUGGCUAAAGUCGCUCAUCGUUGAUAUGUGUUGCUUCGAGCACUGGCCUGGUGAGAAGAGUAAUGGGGCAUUAGGUGAUAUACUCACGCUUCAAUACUGUCGCCUGUCAUCUUUCAGUUUCCGAGCACAUAGUGAACAUGUAGGAGUGCCUCUAGCUCCUCGCACUAAUUACACCUCGAAGUGGACCCCGGCUAGAUUUUUAGAUGCACCUUGGCUUUCCAAGCUCUCAGAGUUAGGGAUCGAUACCUGUGGCUCUGGAUACAAGAACGGGAUACAUGUCUGUCCUCGACUAGCACUCAAAAUCCCCCAUUUGCGAUAUGUACAGCUGCGAACGCUCAGGAUCUGUCCUGAGAUUUUUGACCUGCAGUACCAAGAUGGUGCCCGGUCCUCAAAAAUCAGAGGUAUCGUCAUCAAAGUCAGCUUCAAGGAAAUGGACCGGUUCACAGCAGGAUUUAGCACCCAUUGUACCGAGUCAAAAGGGGGACGGCCACUAUACAACGACAUGGUCAGGACAGCUACCGAGAUGGCUAAGCAAACACAGAGCCUUAAAGUGCUGAUUAUCCUGAUCCACAACUUUCCUAAAGAGAUGGUGGUCAAGAAUUGCAUCGCUGGGACCAAGAUGCUUAUUUCUGACGAACGCGAUUGGGACUGGUCCGAUAAGGGGCAUACAAGUCAGACACUGAGGCCCUAACCAGGGAUUUGAGGGGUAGCGAUGUAGAAGGACACGUUCUUUAAUAAAGCCACCGAGAAUGUAUUGAAUGUCUGGAUGGCGAAUAAGUAAGUCCCUUUUCAUAGUGGCCAAGGGCAUGGUAAUCGAUGGGAUGACUCCUUGAUUUGAAGUAUCCUCAUUCAUUUCCUCAGUACUGCCUUGACUAUUUAUGCUUCUUGCCGGAAUAGUUUCCAUCUCCGUGGUCGUCGACAUAAGGGUCGCCGCCGGCCAAGACUGAAAGCCCCAGACCGUAGCAAUUCUGAUGCAGAAUAUAAAGUAAAAUCCUUAAAUUUCAUUCCAAUGAGAGUCAAUGUAAAGAAUGCCAGUGUAAGCAUCUGACAGCGACAGUAGUGUUGCUGACCGCAGCGGAGCCACCAAAUAGAGGC